GAUCAGUCGGCCGCCAGAAUCGCCAGUCGCCAUCCGGGACUCGUACUCGGUCACUCGCACCGCGGCUUGGCGGUGUCGCGCGCCUCCGCACCUUAACUUUACGAAAUUUAAAUUUUAAAACGGUCCAUUCAUAAUGAAGCUGUUAUUUUUUUUUAGUUUUCUCUUGUUCUUUAACUUUUUUAAUUUAUCCUGGUCGGUUAAAUUCUGCCCACCGAAAUGUCAAUGUAACCGAAACAAGGUUGGGUGCCUUCAUCAAGAUUUGUUGAUCGUUCCCAAGACGCCGGCCGAUACUCACACAUUGGAUGUUCGUUUCAACAAGAUCCAUGAACUGCAGCCUGGCGGCUUUAGUCACCUCCACCAGCUACGGUCGCUGCUGCUCAACGACAACCGGUUGCGAGCGUUGCGUACGGGCACUUUCCAUGGCUUACGGCGGCUUAAAUAUUUAUAUCUGUACCGUAACCGCAUCCAACACAUAGACGCUAAUGUUUUCCAGGAAUUAGUUCACUUGGAACAACUAUAUUUACAUGUGAACGAAAUACACCAUAUUAAGCCGGAGACGUUCUCUAAUAUACCUCGCCUCGAAAGACUGUACUUGCAUAACAACCAUUUAAAAAGCAUUCCGAAGGGCUCGUUUAGCGGCAUGCCGAAGUUACGUAAAUUACGCCUGGACAGCAACGCUCUGGUCUGCGAUUGCUCCAUGCUGUGGUUGGUUCGGAUGCUCGCCCAGCACAGCGAUAUGAAUGUUGCCGCCACGUGCUACCAACCUGCCAGCGUCACUGGAACUGCAUUGGCAUCCAUGAGCGAAAACGAUUUUAAUUGUCGACAUCCCGAGAUUAAAACUGAUCCACAAGAUGUACAAGUAAGUUUUGGAAAUGAUGCCACGUUCACAUGCGUUGCAAGUGGCGAACCCGAACCUGAUAUUAUUUGGUUGCGUGAUUCGACUGCGGUACCUUUGGACGGAAGCCGUUAUGAACUUCUUGAUAAUGGAACUCUUAUGGUUCAUGAACCUGAUGAAAAUGAUGUCGGAGUCUUCGAAUGUAUGGCUGUAAAUCCUGCUGGUGCUGCACAUUCCAAACCGGCCAAAAUGAUAGUUCAACGUGAUGCGCAAGGAGAAAGUAGUGUACCUGAAUUUACGCUCUUGCCCAGGAGACAGAUUGCCAAAGUAAACCAACCAUUUGUAAGUUUCGAUUGUGUAGCAAGUGGCUUCCCAAUGCCUCAUCUAAUGUGGCUUCUUAACGGUGAAAGAAUUUUAUUAACUGAACGGAUGUCUAUUCAUCGCAAUGGCACUUUGUCGAUAAAGAAUGUUCAAGAAGACGAUGCAGGCGAAUAUACAUGCCAAGCUGAAAAUAGGCACGGAAAAGUUGCCACAUCAGUUUCACUUGAAGUGAAAGCUGCUCCAUCAUUUAUUGUUGUUCCGAACAAUGAAACUGUUGCUCUCGGAGAUAACGCUGAAUUUAUGUGUUCCGCUAGGGGCAUUCCUAGGCCUAUACUGAAAUGGUUCCGAAACACUUUAAUCUUACCGCCAGGCGAAAAUGUAAUAUUUAAUGACGAUUAUCAAAACUUGACACUAGUCGCAGUAACGAAUGAAGACGAAGGAAUUUAUCACUGUAGGGCAGAAAACACUGAGGGGCAAAUAGAAGCUUCGGCUAUAUUAAAAGUCCAAGAUAUCAAGGUAAUUCCUCCUAAGAUCGUAUUGAAGCCUGAAGAUACCGACGCUUAUAAAGAAACAUCUGUACAAUUACCGUGUGAGGUAGAAAGCGAGCCUCCAGCAACAGUAGAAUGGACGAAGGAUGGUUCUCGUAUAUUGGAUAACGAAAGAAUUUCUAUAACACUUAUUGGAAGCCUUAUUAUUAGAAACGUAUCAGUGACUGACAGCGGUCGGUAUGAAUGUUCAGCUUUUAACGAAUAUGGUCGUGACACUACUUCUGUUUUCUUAACAGUAAAAGAUCAUGUGCUUCCAGGAGACGAGUAUGUUAAUAUCGCUUUAACACAAGCUACUCGUGACGUUGAUCAGGCCAUUGCACGAACAAUUGAAGAAAUGUUUAAAAAUAACAGUUCUAAGGUAGAUAUCCAUGAUCUCUACAGAAUGACCAGAUUUCCGAAUGCCCCUGCGAGAGAAAUUGCACGCGCAGCCGAAAUUUACGAAAGGACCUUGGAUAAAGUUAAAGAAUAUAUCCAAAAUGGCCAGAAAAUUAAUUCAGCAGAACCAUUUAAUUAUCAGAAUGUUCUAACAAACGAACACUUGGACAUUAUCGCUAGACUGUCUGGAUGUGUGGCCCACAGAGAAUCUAAAGAUUGCUCUGAUAUGUGUUAUCACAGUAAAUAUCGUACUGUUGACGGCAGUUGCAAUAACUUCGCGCAUCCCACCUGGGGAAGUUCUCUGACUGGAUUUAGACGUAUUCUAUAUCCCAUCUACGAAAAUGGUUUCAGCCAACCUGUAGGAUGGAAUAAAGAUUUAAAAUAUAACGGGUUUGCUUUACCGCCGGCACGCUUAGUAUCAACAUCUAUUAUAACUACUAAAGACAUAUCCCAAGAUGUAGAAAUCACUCAUAUGGCUAUGCAAUGGGGUCAAUGGUUAGACCAUGACUUAGAUCACGCAUUGCCUUCAGUUAGUUCGCAGACAUGGGAUGGAGUAGAUUGCAAAAAAACUUGUGACUACGCGCCACCUUGUUUUCCUAUCGAUAUUCCGCCGAAAGAUCCGCGAGUCACUAAUCGAAGGUGUAUCGAUUUUAUUCGAACAAGUGCAGUUUGUGGAUCUGGUAUGACAUCAGUUCUUUUCGGAACAUUACAGCCGAGAGAGCAAAUUAACCAGUUAACUUCUUUCAUUGAUGCAUCACAAGUUUAUGGUUUUGAAGAAGCUGUCGCUGAAGAUCUACGAGAUUUAACAAACAACAAUGGACUAUUACGAGUGGGUGCUACAUUUCCAGGUAGGAAACCUCUGCUGCCUACAGUGGGAAUAAAUGGCAUGGAUUGCAGACUUAACCUAGCAGAAAGUAAUCGAAACUGUUUUGUCGCUGGUGAUAUCAGAGCUAAUGAACAAAUUGGUUUAGCAGCAAUGCAUACUAUUUGGAUGAGAGAGCAUAACCGAAUUGCUUUGCAGUUAAAAGCUUUAAAUCCGUUUUGGGACGGCGACAAAGUAUAUCAAGAAGCCAGAAAAAUAGUAGGUGCAGAAAUACAAUACAUAACUUACGAGCACUGGCUUCCUAUCAUUUUGGGGCCUGAAGGUUAUAAACAACUAGGAAAAUAUAAAGAAUAUGAUUCGUAUAUAAAUCCCUCUGUUUCAAAUGUUUUUGCCACUGCUGCUUUGAGAUUUGGACAUUCUAUGAUUAACCCUGUCCUGCAUCGCUAUGACGAAAAUUUCGAGCCAAUCCCACAAGGCCACCUACUCCUUCGACAUGCCUUUUUCUCACCAUGGCGGCUAGUUGAUGAAGGAGGAGUUGAUCCCUUAUUAAGGGGCAUGUUUACGACACCCGCUAAAUUGAAGACUCCAACUCAAAAUCUGAAUUCCGAACUGACUGAAAAACUUUUCUAUAGCGCUCACGCUGUUGCUCUUGACUUGGCUGCGAUAAAUAUUCAGAGGGGUCGCGAUCACGGUAUACCACCUUACACAAAAUGGCGAGAAUUCUGUAACAUGACUGAAGUAGAUGAUUUUGACGACUUAGCUGGCGAAAUAAGUGAUAAAACAAUCAGAGACAAAUUAAAGGAGCUUUAUGGUUCCGUACACAAUAUCGAUGUUUGGGUAGGUGGCAUCCUCGAAGACCAAGUCGAAGGCGGCAAAAUAGGACCACUGUUCAGGUGUUUGCUGAUUGAACAAUUCACCCGGUUACGAGAUGGUGAUAGAUUGUGGUACGAAAAUCCUAGUGUAUUUAAGAUGGAUCAGCUGCGACAAAUAAAAGAAACAAGCUUAGCUCGGGUUUUAUGCGAUAAUGGUGACAAUAUUGAUACAAUUGGAGAAAAUGUCUUUUUAUUACCGGAAGUCCAAGAUGGACUCUCUUCUUGCGAAGACCUUCCCUCGAUGGAUUUACGGUUUUGGGCUGAUUGCGAAUCAUGCGCUGACAAUGACGGUUACAGCAAAGAAAAGCCACGUCUUCGAAGGGAAACAAAUGAUUAUCUAUUUACUCUUGAUACAGACGAAGAAGAUCGUUUAAGUAAUCUGGAAAAGAUACAGAAAUAUCUGUUGAAUACUAUCGAUCAGAUGCAGAAAAAAAUUAACAUUCUCGAACAAAAUUGUAAAUCGGGCUAAACAUUGCGAUAUACAUUAUACUAUUAUUUUAUUAUAUAUUGUUACUUAACCCUUCAUAUAUAUGAACUAAGUAUUAUGUAUUUAUCUUUUCGCUAAUUCUUCCUAUGAGGUCCAAAGAAAUGAGACUUAAACUAAUUAUUUUUUAUGAUAUAUCUUAUUAUAAAGUUUUGAUAUAAGAAUACGAACUGCACUGUUAUUAUUUUUGAUGUAUUUACUAAAUUAGUCUUAGACAAUAUCAGUGUAAGUUACUAACGGCUCAAUUUUUUUUCCAUUGCAAUACCUACCAUUUCUGAAAUACACUUUUUUAUGUUAUUGCAUCCUUUUAAUAAACUGCUUGAUAAUUAUACGAGGUAAUAACACAUAAUACAUUAUAAUCAACUAUUUAACUCUGAAAUAAAUAUUUCAAUAUAAGUAUUAUAAUCAAAAACGUAAACAAUGUAUUGAUGUUGUAGAUUUAGAAAACGAUUUACAUGAGCAAAUUUUCAAAGUUAGAGGCUAUAUGGAUACCUACAAUAUAUAACAUUUUUUCUGGUCUUAGCAUAAGAUAGUGUAUUAUUAUGAAUAUGAAAAUACACCUAAAUAAACAUUAACCAUUAGUUAUGUAUACAAUAUAUGAUGCGUAGUGUCGUAUGUCUUAAGAAUUAUGGAUUAAAAAUAAAAAAUAA